AUGGGUGAUCCUGAGCAUGAGGUGCAAGGUAUGCUUCUACCUCAGCUCAAGUUGCCUCAGCUAGGCGGCCGCACGUUCCUUCUCGUGGAUUUGGACUCCUGGAAUCUUCAUAAAGCUUCUUCUGCUCUAUCAUCCAAUACUAUCCCACCACAUGACCGCUUGCCGAGCCUGAAUGUCGGAGGAGAAACGAAACGCGGCAUCACAAGCGGCCGCUCGCGAUGUCCGCCAACAAAGAGGACGAUCGGCGAGGCGCGAGCUCGAAAAAGGAACGUUGCCGCUUGCCGGACCACGACGACGCCCUGCUGCUGCGCUGGCCAGCCACCACUGCCAACAAUAAAGGUGAACGGCCCGCAUGUACCGGCCGCCUGCACCAUCAUCAACAACAGCCUGCCGGGUGGCCGUCGAGGAAGCAAAGCAGUGUUCAAACACCGCUGGAACCUGCGUACCGCACUGCCCGGCCGAAUGGACCCACUGCUUGACGAUAGCAAGAGCCGUGAGCAACAGGUGGCGCAGCUGUCGCGUUUCUGCGAAGCUCUGUGGCUCAAGCGCCAGAUGACGGACGUCGAGGUGCAAGUCGAGGCUGAAGUGUUUCAGGCACACAAGCUCAUCCUCACCUGUCACUCACCCUACUUUCACAAGCUGCUCAUCAAUACGAAGCCCGAGAUGCUCAAGGUGCAGCUGAACGGGAUCACGCACGAGUCAUUCAGCGUCUUGCUGGCGUACAUGUACACGGGCCGGCUGCAGCUCACCUGUCAGAACAUUGUCGACGUCUUCCAGGCAGCCAAGCACCUAGACAUGAAAUGCAUCAAGGAGCGAUGCGCUCAGGUGCUGACGAGCUCUCCGGAAGAUCCCGUGCACGCGCUUUUCGUCUAUGUUUCGGCCAAGAAGCUUGGCACCAAACCUGCUUGGCAGCGCGCCUACAAGACCAUUCUAGCCAAAUUCCACUUGGUGGUCAACUGCCCGGAGUGGUUGGAGCUCAACGUCGAUCAAGUGGGCGAGAUACUUUCCGCAGACUCCAUCGCAGCACGCAGUGAGACGGAGCUGUUCUUGGCUGCACUGUCGUGGCUGAGCGUCAAGUGGCCAGCGCGGGAACAGCACGUCGUGGAGCUGCUCAAGUGCAUCCGUUUCUCGAGCAUGCCCAUGGAAGAGGCUGUGGCUUGUUUCCAUCCGCCCCAGCUGCCGGAAGUGACAGCCAAGACCGAAGUGCGAGAAAUGCUUAACAACGCCGUCUGCUACAUCUCCGCCAAGCAGGUUGGCCAGGAAAGCAAGUUCAAGCAGUACACGCAUCCCCAGCGCUGCUUCUUGCUCAAAGGAAAGCAGCAGCGAUCUCCCGAGAAAGGCAUGGGCGACGCGUGCACCAUGGGCAUUAGCAGCCGUGCCUCGUCGCUGUCCCCGCCGCCAGCCGCCGCUGUGGGGCGCCACCGUGGACCACGGCGACGCCGGGUGGACAAAGCCCGGACCGCGGCCAAGCAGGCAAGCUCGCCCAGUUCGUCCCACGAGGACGGCUCGCCAGUGUCUCCUCCUGGCGGAAAUGGCGCCCCUCCUCCUGCUCUCGAGAUCCCGACCUCGGGCGACGAGGAGGCCGCCGAGGCGUGGCUGGGCGACCCGCUGCUGCACGAGCUGCUGCACAGCCGCGCGCUGACCGAGCGCACGCGCGUCCUCGAGUGGGACGAGUACGCGGCCAAGGCGCUGCCCGAGGACUCGCGCAUCCGCCGGGGCAGCCCGGGCCUCCUGCUCGUCGGGGGCGUCGACCCGCGCCAGCCCCACCAGGUCUCGACGGGUUGUGCCGUGCUGGCCUACGAGGAAGCGGAUGACCGUUGGCACCGAGUGGCCAUGUUGCCCGAACCACGCCAUCAUCACGCAGGUGCCAUUGUGGGUGACAAAGUGUACGUCAUCGGUGGACUUAAUAGCCGUCGCACUCUGACUGGCCGACCCCGCCCUCUGGCGUCAUGCCUCUGUUACCAACUGGGAGAGCAUCAGUGGACUCAACUGCCGGACCUUCAGGUGCCGAGGGCAUACCACGGAUGUGCUGCUGUACAGGGUACCCUGUUCGCCGUAGGGGGGCGCGACAAGCGAGGAAGGCUGCUGAACAGCAUGGAGUUCUGGGAGCCCCAUUCUGACCGGUGGCGAGUCACGGCCGAGCCGUUGAGGCCCGGGCGGAUGGGCGCUGCCGUGUCUGCGUCGGGCAAGAUGGUCUGCGUGGCCGGUGGCGUGUCACGCACGGACGACGGCCGUCUGUGGCUGCUCGCAGACGUCGACUGUUACGACGUGCAAACACGAAGGUGGUUUCGCGGCCCUCGGCUCCCGUGGCCCGUCUGCCUCGGCGCGCUGGUGUCCACCGGUGCGGGUGUGCUGGUGCACGUGGGCGGCCUCUCGCUCUGCCAACCAGCUUCGGCCGGUGGCGCCACAGUGCCGGGCGGCGCCACGCACGGGGCCGCGAUCGAGCAGCAAGACGCCGCGGCGGACGCCCGCGCCUUCAGGAGCCGCUCGGACGUGCUCUUCUGGGACCCGUCUUCGGCCGACGGCCGCUGGAAGUCGCUGUGCCCGCUCCCCGAACCUAGGCAUGGCAUGAGCGCUGCCGUCUGCGCCAAUGAGGACACCCUGUACGUUCUAGGCGGCCUCUCUACCUCCUUAGAGCGGGCUCCUCUGGAAGUGCUGGCAGCGUCCACGGCAGACUCGGGUGACCGCUCCUUCUACAAAGCCUGCCAACUGCCGGGUCCCAUCGCGGGGUCACUCGUACUGCCGCUGCCAGACGUCGCCAGCAUACCAGUCACCCGCCGGCGAUCUUCCUCAUCUUGAUGUGUUCAUCUAUCCACACGUCGUCAUAAGUCCGGCCGGAUGGCGUUUUCUUGAGGGAAAAAAAUAAUGAAAAGAAGCAUGGCGCCCGUUCAUAUGUC